AUGUGGAUGUACAUGUUGUUCUUGAGUUCGAAAGAAAGUAAUAACUCUUUGGAAAAUAUUCAGCUUAAUUCAAUUUACGACGCCUUAGAUGUUUUUGCCGCUUUGAACUCCAUUUUUCAUUUGACUGCGAUAAGCAUUGAAAGGUUCUUUGCAGCAGUUUACCCGAGGAGACAUCGUCAAGCUUUACAGCUUCUGUAUCUCCUGUUGUCAUUGACAAUUUAGAUCACUUCAGCUCUCGUCUCAAGUUCUUUCUUUUUACCUGUCAGCAAAAUGUCUAUUGAAUUUCGUUUCUAUUUAAUCAAUCUUUUUUUCUUGUUACCUUUGCUAACGAUCUCCGUAAGGUACACUACAAUCUGAUUAAAAGUACGAUUUGGGAUAAGUAAAACCUACGACUCGACUUCGAAGAUAUCCUUGACCUUAUUUAUUGUCGUCAGUUUAUUUGUCAUUGCCUGGUUGCCAUUUUUUCAUUGUGGGUGUUGUACUUGA